AUGUCGAGAAGGAAUUUAUUGGACAAACUAUCUUUCCAGGAUAUCGACAAAAUAUUAAAAGAAACAAGGAAAAAGCCUGUGUCAGAAAGAACGAAUAAAGAAAAAAUGGUCCAAGGCUCAUUUGGCACGAAUAGCGUUAAAUGCCAAAGCAUUAUCGAAAUUGGAUCACGAUCAGUGUCAAUUGCAAGAUAUGACAAUGUAAAACGUUAUGAGAACAAUGAGUUAGUAGAGACUGCUGAUCACAGUAUGUUUGGAAAUGAUUCAAAACUAAAUGAACGACCACCUCAGCGCAUGUGUUUUGAAUGGUCUAGUGAGCAAAAUUCCAGUAAUAAAAUUUGGGAAAAUGUAUUAUCUAUAAAAAAACAAAAGUCAGGUCACCAACCACUUGGCAUACAAAAGACCAAGGAGAGGACUGUGCUGGACUCUUUCUCCACAAUGAAAAGUGACGAUGAAUGUUUAGGAUCUCCAGUUGAAGGAAAAUCAGGAUCUCUUUGUUCAAAGAAGCUUUCAAAAAAAGUUCACCUCGCCGUUGUUUUGGACAAAUGGAUAGAUAGAAGAUGCGAAUCAUGCAAUGCUCGAUUAACAUCGUUCAAUCUAAUCAAGAAACGGACACGUUGGUGCUCCAAAACUUGCAGAGCACUAAUGCAUUUACAAGACAAAUCGAGCACAACAGAAAAAGAUUCAGUGGACAAACGUCAUUUUCGUACGAAAAAUCCAUCUAACGUUCUGGAUGAAACAAAUUACACAGUCUCAAUGUUCGCCAUGUCAUGGUGCAGUUCUGAAGAAGUUUUAUUAAGUGAUAAAAAUAUUGAACGCGGAAUUCCGGCAGAGGAAUUAAUGGAUGAAGCAAAUAUGCUUGAGCAAGUUGACAGUAUGCUGCCUGCGCCAACUGACUAUAUUCUAUCGUGGUGUGGAACAAAACUUUCGAAUAUUUCUCAGGUACCACACUGA